UCUGAUCGAAUCAAGUCUUACAUGCAUUAUUGUGUUUGCUUCACUUGAGUAUAAUAUGGAGAACCUAAUAUUUAACCAGCUCGGCUCGUGUCCCUCAUCGGUAAAAACAUCAGAUAUCGGUUCAGCUCCAUUCGAAAUCAAGUCUGCAUCAGCAAUGGAUAUGUCAAACUCGGAUUUUGCUAGAACCGCGACGUCAUUCCGCAACUUUGUUUCACAAAAACCUGAUUCUCAGUUUCCAGCAAAAGCAGGAAGAUACCAUCUUUACAUAUCUUACGCUUGUCCAUGGGCUUCUAGAUGUCUUGCAAUCUUGAUACUCAAAGGGCUUGAGAAAGCAAUAAGCUUUUCGUCUGUUCAACCACUUUGGAGAAAGACCAAAGAAAGCGACGAGCAUAUGGGAUGGGUUUUUCCAGAUUCAGAUACAGAGGUUCUUGGAGCUGAUCCUGAUCGUCUUAAUGGUGCGAAAAGCAUAAGAGAACUUUAUGAUAUCGCUAGCCCGAACUACACGGGUAAAUACACUGUUCCUGUUCUUUGGGAUAAGAAGCUUAAGACUAUAGUUAACAAUGAGAGCUCUGAGAUAAUCCGAAUGUUUAAUACAAAGUUCAAUCAUGUUGCAGAAAACCCUUCUCUUGAUCUUUACCCUCCCAAUCUACAAACCAUUAUCGAUGACACAAACGAAUGGAUUCACGAUGACAUAAAUAACGGUGUUUAUAAAUGCGGGUUUGCUACAAAUCAAGAAACCUAUGAUGUGGCAGUGAAGGCAUUGUUUCAUGCAUUGGACAGAUGCGAAGAAACACUCCGAAAACAACGGUUUCUUUGUGGAAACACUCUGACUGAAACAGAUAUCCGAUUAUUCGUCACCCUCAUAAGAUUUGAUGAGGUUUACGCGGUGAUCUUCAAAUGCGGUAAAAGGCUUGUAAGAGAGUAUUAUAAUCUCUUUAACUACACCAAAGAUAUCUAUCAAAUCGCGGGACUGAGCAGUACAGUAAAGAUGGAUCAUAUAAAGCAAAAUUACUAUGGAAGCUUUCCUUCUUUAAACCCUCUUGAGAUCAUCCCUCUUGGAACAAACAUUGAUUACUCUUGGCCGCAUGAUCGAAACAGAUUCUCUUCUGAAAUACCGUUAAGACGUGAUUGUGCAAGACGUGAGCUUGAGCAUGCAAGUCUUGUUUGUGAAUUAUCUUUGAUAUUACUUGAAAUUUUCGGUAGGCUUUUUUAAGCGAAAUUGUAAUGCUUGUUUUUUCCUUUCUUAAUAAGUUUUGU